AUGGCAAAAGAAUUUGAGGGAAAGGUUGCUCUUAUCACAGGAGCGGGCAGUGGCAUUGGUCGCGCAACGGCUCUGAAGCUCUCAUCCCUUGGCGCUUCAAUCUCCCUUUGCGACAUCAACCAAUCCAACCUUGAAGUCGUCGCUUCAGAAAGUAGCACACCCUGUUACACACAGAAAGUCGAUGUCGGCAAGAAGGACGAAGUGGAAAGCUUUGUAAACAAUACAGUCAAGCAACUAGGAGGCCUGAACUAUGUAUUCAACUGCGCAGGCGUGAACCCAACCAGUAUGAAAGUCGAAGACACAAGUGAAGAGUACUGGGAUAAACUGGUAAACACAAACCUCAAGGGCGUCUUCCUUGUCACACAAGCAUGUCUACCUCACCUUGAGCGCGGCUCAGCAAUUGUCAACGUCUCGAGUAUCAGCGGCAUCCGCGGCUCAGCCCUGCAGUCUGUGUACUGUACUACCAAGUUUGGGCUCAUUGGCAUGUCUAAAUCGCAUGCGCUUGAGUUUGGGCCUAGGGGCAUCAGAGUCAACUGCGUGGCACCAGGGUACAUUGAUACGCCAUCGAAUGCGGGUAUCGUGAAGGGAGGAGAGGCGGUGGAGAGGAUGCGGAAUGGAAAUGCGCUGGAGAGGUUGGGGACGCCGGAGGAGGUGGCGGAUGUUGUAGCGUUUUUGUUUGGAGAUGGGGCGAGAGUGAUGCUCGUGAUUGUCCAAUGGGAGAGCGAGGUAGUGAAGCUACGUUAUCACGUGCGCGUUGAUCUGCGACCUGCACUAGCGCCUCGUCCCAUCGAAAGUUCCGUCGCGACAUCUUUCCCUUACUACGACAACCUUAACAUCACCACAGCCAUGACAGAAACACAACCCGCACAAACGUCGCUCGCGACUGACAAAUCUCUCGAGCCAUCCGCAUCAAAUGAACUCGUCCACACGACCGAACAAACUAUCAUCACAACAAAUGCCGAAGGCAAGAAAGUCAAGAAGAUCAUCCGGCGCAAACGACGACCUGCACGCCCUCAGAUCGACCCAGCGGAAAUAAAGACCCAGGAGACUCCACAAACAGGUACAAUCUACAAUGUCUGGUACAACAAAUGGUCGGGCGGCGACCGCGAAGACAAAUACCUCUCCCAAACUCCCGCGCAAGGUCGCUGCAACAUAGCCAGAGACAGCGGCUACACAAAGGCCGAUAAGACACCCGGCGCGUACUUUUGUCUUUUCUUCGCGCGCGGCACUUGUCCUAAAGGAGUGGAUUGCGAAUACCUGCACCGCUUGCCCACGGUGACGGACAUUUUCCCCAGCAACGUCGAUUGCUUCGGGCGCGACAAGCAUGCCGACUACCGCGACGACAUGGGCGGUGUAGGAACCUUCCAGCGCCAAAAUCGCACCCUGUACAUUGGGCGCAUCCACCCAACCGACGACAUCGAAGAAGUCGUCGCACGGCACAUGCAGGAAUGGGGCGAGAUUGAGCGAACACGCGUCCUGACUGCGCGCGGUGUAGCCUUUGUCACAUACAUGAACGAAGCAAACAGCCAGUUUGCAAAAGAAGCAAUGGACCACCAGUCAUUCGACCACAACGAAAUCCUCAACGUCCGCUGGGCAACAGUCGAUCCCAACCCCCAGGCCGCCAAACGUGAAGCCAGACGCAUCGAAGAGCAGGCUGCAGAAGCAAUUAGAAAGGCGCUACCUGCGGCGUACGUGGCCGAGCUGGAAGGCAGAGACCCGGAGGGCAAGAAGAGGCGUAAAGUUGAAGGCAGCUUUGGACUCCAGGGCUACGAGGCACCGGACGAUGUGUGGUAUGCAAAGGAAAAGGGCGAAUGGGAAGCUGCUAAGCAGCUCCAGGCAGGUGGCGCUGGAGACAGAAUGGCGAUCGAGGGCGGAGACCACACGUAUCAAGAUAUGAACGCCGGACAAGAUGUUGAUGCUGCGCAACAGCAACAGCAGAAUAGCGGCAUUUUAUCUGGCAGUACGCUAGCGGCGCUCAAGGGAUUCAAGGCUGCGCCGUCGAAUAAGAGACCAGCGCCUGCGGCGGGGCCGUUGGUGGAUUACGGGAGUGAUAGCGACUAA